AUGGAAGAGGCAAUCCAAAUGCAGUCUCAGGAAACACAAAUCGGACAUAUGCCCGUGGUACAGCCGAAGAUGUCUGCAUCGUCCAGUCGUAUUCUUUAUGAUAUUCCCUGUAAGGUAUGUCGGGAUCAUUCUUCAGGAAAGCAUUAUGGGAUUUUUGCUUGCGAUGGGUGUGCGGGUUUCUUCAAGAGAUCGAUACGAAGAAAUCGUCAGUACGUCUGCAAAGCAAAAUCUAAAGGGGGUUGCAUGGUGGAUAAAACGCAUCGGAAUCAAUGUAGAGCAUGCCGCUUAGCCAAGUGUAUUCAUGUCGGCAUGAACAAAGACGCUGUGCAGCACGAACGGGGACCACGAAACUCAACUCUGCGGAGGCAGAUGGCUUUGUAUUUUAAAGAACCCGAAGUGAUGGCUAGCAUGGUGCCCCCACCAACGACAGCUUUGAAUCUCGCUUUGCCCAAACCAGCGACAGAAUCUCGAGUCUCCGUAGCUACACCAACUCCUCAUCAUCUUCUUUCACAUCCUGUUUACUGCAACAGCUUGGCCAUGUCGAAGAUACCACUCAACAUGGCGGGUUUGCCAUCUGUACCGUUGAUCCCGGCGGUAACGGCGGAGUCGAUCUGCGAACAGGCAGCCAGAUUACUUUUCCUGAACGUUCAUUGGGCCAAAGAACUAGCAGCAGGAACUGGCCUGGUCCUGGAGGAUCAAUUGACUCUAUUAGAAUUCUCGUGGAGAGAACUAUUUCUUCUCGCCGCCGCUCAAAUCCUUCCAACGUUAGAUCCAACUACCCUUCUCCCGCCCGCUCCUCAUGGUCUUAGUCUGGCAGUCGAAGUGAAUCGAUUUAGAGAAACACUGGCUGGUUUUCACGCGAUGAAUCUCGAUCAGCAUGAGUUCGCGUGCAUCAGAGCGAUCGUACUGUUCAAAGCUGGACUGGAUAGCGAACCUACUCCAAGCAGUAGAAGUAGCACUGGAUCAGCCUCUCCUAGUGUUGGAAGUAGACUCAGGGAUGCCGCAGCAGUCGCCAGAUUGAGAGAUGGAGCGCAACUUGCUCUUGGUCAAAGAUUAAGUGGUGCAUCGUUAGGUGCUCUGAGGUUUGGAAAAUUACUCUUGUUGCUCCCUUCGCUGCGUUCCGUUUCUACGCAUGCCAUCGAGGAGUUGUUCUUCAGGAGGACUAUCGGCAUCAUUCCUAUCGAGAGGAUCAUCUGCGAUAUGUACAAGGCUGCUUAAAUGGUAUGAAUUCGUUUAGAGUUGUAAUGAUUUUGAUAUACUUGCCUCCUACUUAUUAGAUAUUUAGUCGGCCAAAAGAAAUGAUAGGGAUACAGUAACCAUUUCAGUGCUUCUAGUUCUAAGAACAAAAUGCGUGUAUUAGAAGAACAUGAUUGAGGACAAUCGUGAAAUAUUCGAUAAGUAAAUGAAUCUAGAAUCUUAUCUUUUCUUCUUAUUCCCGCAUCAUUUCUUCUUAAAGAAGCCUCUCAAUUCUUCUUUCAACUUCAACAAGAUUUGACUCACUCAGUGUAUAAUUCGAUAUUUUGUAUUAAAAUUUAAAAAAGCAAAAAGAAAAAGAAAGAGCAAAUUAGAAAAUAAUAUAUCAGCUGGAUUUGGAGUAAAAUAGUCAAAAUUUUAUAACAUUUUCUUGAAAAUCUAAUAUAUAAAGUUCAUGGAAGGCCAGGCCAACGAACCUCAAUAAAAUACUUAAUGAGGAAAUGUCUGUAUAGAAAAUUGUACAAAGUUAUGCCAUUAACUGCAAAGAUAGAGUUAAAUGUAUUGAAUAGCAUCAUGUAAAGGAAUGGAAUAUAUGAAACUGUGAUGAAAGCAUAUCAAAAAAAAAAAAAAGAGACAAUGCGUAACUGGAGAUAAUGUACUAGAGAUACGCGAUGAUAAUAUAUAUCCAUUAUUUUUGUAUUAUAUACAGGGUGGUUGGUAACGGGCGGUACAAGC